UGCACGCACACGCACACACACCCGCACGCUCGCGCACACUGCAUGCAUCCGCCCGCAUACAACACGCGUCUUGCGCUCAUUGUAAAUUCAGCUCUGUUUUCUGGAAUUCUUCUCAAAAAGUGAGGACAUGCCACCUGUCUCUAUGUUGGUCUGUCUACGUGAAGAAUCUUGCUGUCUGCUCACAGUAGUUCCAAUGAUUAUCCACCGUACACCCUGACGCUGUGCAAACUGAGACCCGGGAAACGAUGUCAGUCCAGCAGGUGGUACUGGUGAACUUUCAGUACGAAUACACAACACGUGAUGGCAGCCAUGUGUCCAUCAAGCCCAACGAACGCUACGUACUUAUGGCCAAGACCAAUGACCACUGGUGGCAUGUUCGCAAAGAUGAGACGGCCAAGCCUUUCUUUAUCCCAGCCAAAUAUGUCACAGUGUUGCCCUCUGGGAAUGAGGCUCUUCAACUUUCAAGUGUACAGGAUGGGCAGGAUAAUCCAAAACCGUAUUCUGAAACAGCACCCCCUUUGGAGUCUGUGGUGGAAAACAUUAAAGAGCAAAAAUCCAUCAAGCAUCCAACAGCUGAUAAAAAGGCUGAUCACAGGAUCUCCACGUUUGUCAUUCCAACAGAUCAGUCCAAAAUCAAAUCCUCUGAAAAUGAGCCAUGGGAGAGUAAACCUGAGAAUUGCAACUUGUACAAGGAUGGAGUCCAGACGAACAUUUUCCAAGAUGCUUUAACAAAUUUCUAUUCUCCAUUUCAAAGAGAAAAUACAUAUGCUGUGUCCCAAAAACAUAUCCCAACUACUAACUUGCAAACAGUAACAGAGCCCAGUGAAAUACAGUCAAAUGAAAAUGAAUUCAAUGAUGACAUUCGGAUGCUCAUAAGGGCUGGCUGGGACCCAAAGAUAUGGGAACUCAAGGAUGAUCAUGUGUAUGAUUCUGCAGAUUUAUUAAAGGAUUCAGUAGCUCAGGAUAAUAAUGUCACUGAGAAGAAAGUAGAGGUCAAGUUGGGGCCAGCCUCUCCAGUUUCUCCUUCGUCUACUUUCCCUAAAUCGUUUAUGCAGCAGAGUCCUUGUUCUCCCACUGACCCAUCAUGUGUAUUCACUGACAAGGUUGAGGAUGAUGACUUAACGGCUGUGUAUGUGAACCUGCCCAGGGCACGUCAGAGCAUCGGCAGCUUGCCUUCCGCUUCUGCUUGGGGCAUUUCAGAAUCUCCCGAACUCCAUGACAGUCUCCUUCUAGGUUCUAAGGGAUGGGAGAUCCACACUGACGAGGACAGUGGAAAAGAGUAUUACUAUCACCCUAGCACAGGCCGUAGCACCUGGGAUUAUCCACUUAGCCCAUCAAUGGAGUCUGAAGUGGGUACUAAGGAGCUUCCUGUCUCCCCAAAUCUAUCCCUUUCUCCAGCCUGUUCACCCACAGAUGGAGCAAGAUGGACCUCGGACUGGGAGAAGGUGCUGGAUGAGAAAAGUGGUAGACACUAUUUUUUUAACCCUAUCUCUGGACAGAGUUCCUGGGACCCACCAGAUGACCUGAUGACUCCUCCUCUGUCUGGCAACAAUCUUAAAGGAGGAGCACGGCCCCCUCUCCCCGAGGAAGACUACCCUGCUGUAGAAGAUUUUCCUGCAACUUUCAACCAAGAGGAGGGUUUCUCUUUUGCCGGUUCUUCAGAAUACUCGUUGGCCCAUGUGAAAAAAACUUUAAUUCCCAGAGCAUGUCUAGACCGCAGUGCUCCUGCAGGCUGGACACUGAACGUUCACCCUGAUGGAGUCUGGGUUUUCACCAAUGACCAAACACAGGAGCAGUGGAUCAAGUCCUUGGAUGACCGGGGACAGACAUACUACUACCUGAAAGAUGGCUCCAAGUCUGAGUGGAACUUACCUGAACUUUCUACAGGUUUGAGACAGUGCCAACUGGGAAAUGGCAUGACAGGGGAGCAGGAUGGAUUUGGAAUGAUGAGAACCUGGAGGAAUAGCACUGGAUCUCAGGAUGAGAAACUUCCUUCAAGUCAUCACAGGAAUGCUUCAGAUAGUGAUAUGUCCGGUUCCCCAGAAAUUCUGCAUAAUGUGUCAAAUUUGGAGAAAGCUGGAAUCCUCAACAAGACCAAGAUAUCUGAGAACGGGAAAAAAGUACGAAAAAAUUGGGCUCAGUCAUGGACUGUUCUUCAUGGAGGGGUUCUAACUUUCCACAAGGAUCCGAGGUCCAACCAGACAGGAACAUCACAGAACAAGACCAAUCAGAUUGUUCCAGAAUUCACUGUGGAUUUGAAAGGCGCAACAAUUGCAUGGGCUGCAAAGGAUAAGUCCAGCAAAAAAAAUGUGGUUGAGCUAAAAAGUCGGGCUGGAGCAGAAUAUCUGAUUCAGUAUGACACUGAUAGCAUCAUCACCGACUGGCACAAAGCAAUAACAGACACCAUACGGCAACUUGACAUGGAGCAGCAUUCAGAUGAUGAGGAGGAAGUCAGUGAAAAGUCUCCUAGCACAGAAAAGGAAGACAAAUCAAGUGUGGACAAACGAAGGAUGAGUAACGUUAGGCAGCUUUCAACCAGUUCCACGUCUGAGGCAGACCACAAGAAGGUCCGCAACAAGCUCCGCAAAUUUCUCCUCAAGAGACCUACUUUGCAGUCAGUCAAGGAAAAAGGCUAUAUUAGAGAAAAUGUGUUUGGCUGUCAUCUGCAAAAUCUCUGCGCCCAGGAGAAGUCUACAGUGCCUAGCUUUGUGACAAAGUGCAUCAGGACAGUAGAGAAUAGGGGUUUGGGGGUUGAUGGAAUCUACAGAGUUAGUGGAAACUUAGCUGUUAUUCAGAAGCUACGUUUUAAGGCUGAUCAUGAGAAUCUAGAUCUGGAGGAUGGCCCCUGGGACAUCCAUGUAAUUACAGGAGCCUUGAAGCUCUUUUUCAGAGAACUGCAAGAGCCCUUGUUCCCUUACAGUCAUUUCAGCAGCUUUGUCCAAGGCAUCAAAAUUCCAGAUUACAACACCAGAGUGGUGUAUAUACGUGAUCUUGUGAAAUCUUUGCCACCAAACAAUCAUGACACAAUGGAGGCACUCUUUAGCCAUUUAAGGAAAGUUAUCGAGCAUGGAGAUCAGAACCGGAUGACUUUGCAGAAUGUGGCAAUAGUCUUCGGCCCAACGUUGCUCAAGCCUGAAAUAGAGUCAGCAAACAUAACUGCAUAUAUGGUCUUCCAGAACCAGAUCAUUGAGUUUAUCCUCAGUGAAUUUGAAACAAUCUUUCAUAUGUGAACACCUUAAAAAAAAAAAAAAAAAAAGGUUGCCCCAGUGGUCAUACAAAAAAAAAUCAAAGAACAGGUACAUUUUUGAUAAACUUCUGAACAAAGAAAAAAGUAAAUAAAGGUCAGCUGUCAUAUUUUUUAUAUAUAUAUAUAUAUAUAUAUAUAUAUAUAUAUAUAUAUAUAUAUAUAUAUAUAUAUAUAUAUAUAUAUAUAAUCAUUUUUGCUCUGAGCCAUGUUAGUAUUUUGGGCAAAGUAUUUCUUUAAAGUAGUUAGUACUAUUGGUCAUUGCCUAUAAAUUCGUAAUUGACUUAAAUGAUAUAGCCCUGAGACAAUGGUGGAAAAAAUAUAAUAUAAAAUUAACAUUAACACUCAAAUUAGAAUUAUUUAUUACUGAAUUUUCAUGUAGUUCUGGUGAUGACCACUUACCUCAGGCACAUGCAAAUAAUAUUUUCAUAAAAUAAGUUGUGUUGUGGAUAUAACACUGCUUGAGUGUUAUAUUUAGCCUUGAUAUGGAAAGCUGGUUAACUGUCAACUGUAAUUCUGCAAGUGGUUAAAAAUCAUAUAUCACAACGUAAAAUAGGCUUUAGAGACUAGCAUUAAUUUCUAGAAUUUUAGCUGAGGGUUGUUUUUUGUUUAUGUCGUCAUUUGUAUUUUAAUACUGCCAUCUAUACUCAUCUAAAAUAUUAAAAUAAAUAGGGGACAGUAGAUUACUUGUACAGAUGUUAGCUAUAUAGUUAUAUAUUUAUUAAUACAAAAGAAAAGUUUCACUCUGUAAAUUCUAUUUGCACAUAGUUUAUUCCUGAAAAAAAUAAUAAAGACCAUAGUUGUAAAGAUUUGUAAAGAAUUAAUAUUUUAUAAACAACAAGGCAUAUGUUUGUGUGUUUUAAUGGUGUACAUAGAAAAAGGCAUAUUUAUGCUACACAUUGAUUAUAAAGGACUUUAAUAAAGUAACUGUUUUACAAGC